GGUCACUCUGCUGGCAGCAGCUGGUCGGUUACAAGAACAAAAAACAAUAAUCGAAAGUCUAGCAUUUUAUUGCGAAAAAAAAAGAAUUUCAGAACAGAUCGCGUAACUUUGUUGCUAGUCGGGUGAGAAGGAGAGAGCGGAGAGCCGAUUAAACUAUUGAGCAAGGAGGAAUGAAAGGCCCCCAGUGACAGCAGAAUGCAGGCGAUGGUGUUGCAUAAAUUCCGUUAGUAAUUCUAACUAUUUCUGCUGGGCUCUAUUGUUGUUGCUGUAGUUGUGCGCGUGUGCCGAGUCUGAAUGUACGACACACACACAUCACGUGUCUGAUUUUGGCUGUAGCUUUGUAGCCGACGAUCACGACAUGUUCUCUACGCUCAGCACCGAUCUCUGCCGACUGCUCCGCCAGGUGGGCUACCUGACGUCAGCGGCCACAACCACAGCGGCAAAUGCACCACCAAAGCCCUCUAGUCAAGCUAACUGCGGCAGCGCCAGCGCCAGCAAUAUUCUCAGUUCACACUCUGUCGCGGACGGUCACAGUCACGGUGAUUCAGAGUCGGAGUCGGCGCACGUCGUUUGUUUCUCAGCCCAGCAGUUCACAGGGAAACUACUGCAGCAGCGUAGCCAGGACAUCCAGCGCUACAUUCACACGCAAUCAGCCACAGGACAGCGGGCCAAAGCCACGCAGCAUCAUCCCCAGCAGCCACACCAGCAGCAGCAGACCACCACAAAGUUCGCCAUGUCAUCGCUGGCGGCGGAGCCCCUGCAAGCCCACAAACCGGACGAAAUCACGGCUAGUGGCGACAAGGAGGCGGAGGCCACAGGACUGGGUGCCUCCUGCCAUGAAGUGGCCUCGGCAUCGGCCAGUGCCGGCAAGAAGCCCUGCUUCAACACUGGACUAGGCGAGAUCCUCCAGUUUAUGGAGCUCAUCGGCAACCUGAAGCACACCAAACGCACUGGAUGGGUGCUGCGGGAUGUCAACGAUUGCGAAUCGAUUUCGGGCCACAUGUAUCGGAUGAGUAUGCUGACCUUCCUUCUGGACGGCAGCGAGGGUCUCAAUCAGAUCCGCUGCAUGGAGCUGGCAUUGGUUCACGAUUUGGCCGAGAGUCUGGUGGGCGACAUAACGCCCUUCUGCGGAGUGUCCAAAGACGAUAAGCGGGCCAUGGAGUUCAAAGCCAUGGAGGACAUCUGCAAACUGAUCGAGCCGCGGGGCAAGCGCAUUAUGGAACUAUUUGAGGAAUACGAGCAUGGACAGAGUGCCGAGAGCAAGUUCGUCAAGGAUCUGGACCGUUUAGACAUGGUGAUGCAGGCUUUCGAGUACGAGAAGCGCGACAAUUGCCUUCUGAAGCAUCAGGAGUUCUUUGACUCCACGGAGGGCAAGUUCAACCAUCCGUUUGUUAAGAAGCUGGUCAACGAGAUCUACGAGCAGCGCGAUGUUCUCGCCAAGGCGAAGGGCGCCACGCCGCCGCCGGCUAUCGAAGUGCCCAAUAUGGAGAAGCCCUCAAAAGUGGCCAACGGCCACGAAAGCUCAAGUUGAGCGUAGUUCUAGUAACCCGUUUUAGGCUAGUGCAUGAACACACCCUCACAUACAAGAAGGAAAACACCACGCUCUUAAUUUGUAAGCCAACCCAACUAACAAACUAUUAAGCCUACCUCGACACGCUCAUAGCUAGUACUAACUUUUAUCACACUAAUUUAUUGCAAAACAUACCGAAAGAAGGUAUCCGAUGGGGAGUAGCAACUAGCUAUCAAUUCUAUUCUAAACAAACACCUGUUGAACACGUCUCCUUAGUUCAAUCUCCUCUAUGUUAAGCGAAAAGUUGUGGAACGAGUUUCGGGUCGAGCACUCGAUCGAUCCGAAACGCAUUCAAUUGUACAAUUGUACAUAACUAAACACAUUGUAGUUAAUUUUAAAGUGUACGAUGACCGGAGAUGUAACCAAUUAUUGUAAUUGAUGUCUUAGAGGAAUUUUAUUUAGCCAGCCGAACUAAUACGAAAUCAAAAUGAAUGUCCAGUCAAGAAUAUAAUCAAAAUACUUGAUUUUACCUUUUUGUAGUAUGUUCUCACCUGCAGUACUCUACCCUUUUAAUCGGACAAUUGAUGUAUCAAAAUGUAUAAUUAAUAUUAAAUUGUGAAUUAGGCAAUAUAAUGAUGCAGUCACGCUUCACAAGUGGCUAAAAGACAAA